ACUCGAACUUUGAGUGUUCGAAAAUUGCAACAAUAUUUCAUGCUCUUAUCUCAGCCUGAAGUGUUAUAAAAGUGCUUAUACACAAUACACAAUACAUAUUUCAGCUAUAACAUAUGAUUCAUAUAGAUUAACAGCGUCGUCGAUGAUGGCAAUUUCUAAUAUUAAUAGGCACUCGACCGGUUUAAAAACGGCGCCCUAGUACGAUUCGCACACCACUAAACCGAUCGCACCGUAACGCUAACCAUAUACGCAUCAAUCGAACCGGAACUAGUUUAAUAUCCGUCGAUCACAAUCGGAAAACACGAUUUUGCCUACCUCGCCGACUGUCGCAAUUUUUUUUUAAUUUCUCGCCGGAAAUCGUCAUAUCGCGAGUCCACAUAAUUUAGGUCGUAGUGUCGUAUUACUGCGGGUAACAUGCGUACCGGAAUGCGGUUGGUCUCUGGCACUGCUGCUGCAGUGAUGAUCUUCGCGUUGGCUGGGUGGCCGGGGCCCGUUCCCUCGGGAUGCGCCAGGAUAUUGGCCGUGGAGACGGUUGGUGGCAGGAGCCACUGGAACUUCAUGAGUGGCAUUAUCAGGGCACUGGUGGACAACGGACAUACGGUCACCGCGUUCACACCCUUCUUGGACGGCGACCGCGAGAAUUACACGGAAGUGGACAUAUCCAACGGGUUUCCGGUGGGCCUGGACCUGGACCUGGUCGGCCUCCUGGACCACUUCCGCAACCCGCUGUGGACGUACGGCUCUUUCGUGGAAAUGGGUCGGUCGCAGUGUGACGUGGUCUACGGCAGCGACGAGAUGAAAAAACUGCUGCAGGACCGGCCACAGUCGUCGCCCGCGGCCUUUGACGCUGUGCUCAUCGAGUCGUUUUGGUCCGAGUGCAUGUCGUACGUGGCCGCCCGGCUCGGGGUGCCGCUUAUCUACGUCACGCCGCUGCCCCUAAUCGCCUUCAUGGAGCGCACCAUCACCGGUCACGUGUCCAACCCCGCCGCCGUUUCCAACCUGAUGACCGCGCAUGCCGUCCCCGAGACGUUCUUGGAAAGGCUGAGGAACGCGGCGUUACUGGUCUACGGUUCGGUUGCCCAGCGGUACAUGGAGCUCGUGCUCAAGUACACCGAACCGCCCAAGGAGUACGAUCUACUCGACCCCGUGCCACCGUCUUUGGUGUUCGUCAACAGACAUUUCAUUACCGACGCCCCGAGUCCGGUGCCCAGGAACGUCGUCGAUGUGGGCGGAAUACAUCUGAAAGCAGCCAAGAGUUUGCCAAAAGAUGUAUUAGAAUUCAUUGAACAGUCGCCUCAUGGAGUAAUUUAUUUCAGUUUUGGUUCAACCGUAAAAAUGUCUACAAUACCGGAAAGCGUAAAAAAAGCAUUGAUAAAGGCGCUUGCGAGAGUCCCACAAAGAGUUUUGUUGAAAUACGAAGAUGAAAUGGAAGACAAACCAAAAAACAUGAUGACCAAAAAAUGGCUUCCCCAACGAGAUAUACUUUUGCACCCCAAUGUGAAACUUUUCAUCAGCCACGGAGGUAUAUCUGGGCUAUACGAAACCGUGGACGCUGGUGUCCCGGUCCUCGGAUUUCCUUUGGUCGGCGACCAGGCGAGAAAUAUUGACAACCUGGUCAACGCCGACAUGGCAAUUUCGAUGGACCUACUGUCCGUCACCGAAAAUUCGUUCUUAAACAAUGUCUUGGAACUCCUCAACAACGAAAAAUAUUCAAUGAGCGCUUAAAACGCCAUGAAAAUAUUCAAGGAUCGACCUAUGUCACCGGAGUCGUUGGUCGUUUACUGGACGGAGUACGUCCUACGUCACCGUGGAGCAUCGCACUUGAA